AUGAUAGAGAUUGACGUUACGAUGGUAGACGCAGCCUCGGUCUCAAUUUUCGUCCACGCAGACGAGGCGGGUAUAUCUGUCGAUGAAAGUGCUGCUGACGCGGAGAGGAUUUGCGCUAGCAUCCGCGCUGCCGACGCCACCGCUUGUGGGCUAUAUGAGCCCUGGUCUGCAAGUAGUGCGCGCGUUAUUUGGGUAAAGCGGCGCCCUUUUCAGGAAGUAGAGGGUCCGCAAGAGGGAGAGCCGCUCCUGCACGCCUGUGUUUCGGCUCCUGGUCGGCCGCGACAUCACGCCUUUACCGGGACUGGCGCAGCAAAUCUCGCUGUCGCUGCCGCGAUUCCUGGGACUGUCGUGGCUACCGCGUUGACAAGGCCGCUAAGCUCUUUGCAUUUUCGGCAUCCGGCUGGAGAUAUGGAGGUUCAUGCGCACGUCGAACCACUAGCACCCUCGGCACAAAGUGACGCGGCUAAUGACCAAGCACAGUCUUGGACUGCACGAUCCACCGGUUUCCUGCGAACAGCUCGGGUUCUUGCGCACGGUGACUUCUUCUACGGAAAUUCAAACUAGGGUCCGAAAACAAAAGCUAAAGAGAAUAGUGAAAAAUUGUAUCUAUCGGAAUAGUCAAUUGCAUGAUUUAUGGCAUGCAUUACCGAUUAUAAAUUAUACUUGCUGCACGGCUCCGGGGCUGGUGCAUCAGAGCUUCUAUUUAUUAUGGCUCUUUUUUAGGUUCCUCUUUCUCACCAAGCAUUUUCUCAGGAGAAGCACAUGAUGUGUGAUUCUUAUUAAGUCUACUCAGGUAGUUAGCCAAAAAGAAAAACUAAAAUAGUCAUAGAAAAUCUAUACUCCUUCUCCACAGCCUUAAUUUUUGGCUGCGCCGAACCUCUGCCGCACAAGUUAUGGUUUAAACUAGAUAUUUAAGUAGCUAGUUAAAAUAGUUGGUUGGAUCGAAGCUCUGGGCACCGGAUCGAGGAGACCUUCUGGAAAUAAAGAACUUCUUGUCUUUCCACGUCUGUGGAUCCACCUGGAUUGUCAGACAACAAGAUCAAGAAACUCCCAUCCAGGCAGCCGCCGGACUCGACCCGGCGGAAACGGCUUCGAUCCAACCAACUAGAUAAACUAGCUAUUUAACCUUUAAAUUAGCUACUUAAACUCGGCACCUGGUGUUUUGGGAAACCAAAAAUUAAGGUUUUGGAGAAGGAGUAUAGAUUUUCCUUUGAUAGUCAGUUACUCAAACACUGAUAAUUUGGAGCAUGAACAAUCUUGCUACUCCACGCGGUGUGGCGUUUCGAAUUCGAGUUGAUUCACGAAGCUGAACACUGAUUUAGACCUAAAAAGAGAUGUUGCCGGAGGGUAGCCUUUGAUAGUGUGAGAUGUUUCAAAGAAAGCGAUUCUGAAGAAGCACAUGAACAUUGAUUUUGAUACACUCAUGAGGCGGGAUUAGGAGCUGCUGAAGAAGGGAGUAGAAGACUUGUGGAUCGAGAGACAUGUU